AAAUGGAACGCAUUAUGCAAUCUUGACCCUUUAACCAGGUGAACUUGGAAGUCCGCCGUAAUAAAAGAAAAUGGCGCUGUUUGUUUGUGAUUGAUCCAUUUAAAGAUCGAGGAAGUCAAAUACAUCAGAGGGACAUUGGACUGUGUGCUGAGAACAAAAUCUGGACCACUUUAACGAUGAACGCAGAGGAGUUCAGGCGGUUUGGUAAGCAGAUGGUGGAUUAUGUAGCAGACUAUCUGGAAAACAUCAGAGAUCGACAGCCAUUUCCUGAUGUGUCGCCUGGAUAUCUGAAGGAGCUCAUUCCGGACAAAGCCCCGGACCAAGCAGAGAAAUGGCAGGACGUCAUGAAGGACAUAGAGAGGGUCAUCAUGCCAGGGGUGACCCAUUGGCACUCUCCUCAGUUUCACGCUUAUUUCCCCACUGCCAAUUCCUAUCCAGCAAUUGUGGCUGAUAUUCUCUCGGAUGCCAUCGGCUGCAUUGGAUUUUCUUGGGCUUCCAGUCCCGCAUGUACGGAAUUGGAGAUGGUGGUUUUGGAUUGGCUAGCUAAAAUGCUCGACCUUCCCGAUUGCUUUCUUCAUUCCAGUCAAGGUCAGGGAGGCGGGGUCAUACAAGGAACAGCAAGUGAAGCCACACUGGUAGCCCUUUUGUCAGCUAGAACACAACAUUUACACCAGAUUCUUGGCGAUAAGUUUAGUCACUCACCAGAUGAAGGAAUUAUUAAUAAAAUGGUGGCCUAUUGUUCUGCACAGGCCCAUUCUUCUGUAGAGAGAGCAGCAUUAAUAGGAGCAGUGAAAGUGCGGUUAUUGGAUACUGAUGAAAAAUACUCACUUAGAGGCAAUACUCUGCAAAAAGCAAUAGAAAAGGAUAGGGCGGAUGGACUUAUUCCAUUUUUUCUCUGCGCAACUCUUGGUACAACUUCCGUUUGUUCGUUUGAUGACGUCAUGGAAUUAGGAGUAGUUUGCAAGAAAGAGGGUCUAUGGAUGCAUAUUGAUGCGGCGUACGCUGGCAGUGCCUUUAUUUGCCCUGAAUUUAGACCUUUACUUAACGGGGUUGAACAUGCAAUGUCCUUUAAUUUUAACCCGCAUAAAUGGUUAAAUGUCAACUUUGACUGCUCCACUAUGUGGGUCCAGGAUAGUCGGUUAUUAAGUGACGCCUUCAAUGUAGACCCGCUAUACCUGAAACACGACAAUCAAGGUUCUGUACCCGAUUUCAGGCAUUGGCACAUUCCGUUGGGCAGGAGAUUUAGGUCUCUUAAAUUAUGGUUUGUUUUGCGGUUGUACGGAGUGAAAGGUCUCCAGGAAUACAUUAGAAAGGAUGUAAAACUCGCCCAUCAGUUUGAGGACUUGGUAAAGGCUGAUCAGAGAUUUGAAAUCUUUGGUGACGUAGUGCUGGGAUUAGUUUGCUUCAGAUUGAAAGAUGCAAACGAAGUUAAUGAGAGGUUACUGAAGGCCAUCAACACAGACAAACGUAUACACCUAGUGCCAUCAAAAGUCAAUGGCACAUUUUUCUUAAGGUUCGCUGUGUGUGCCUCACGGACAGAAUCAAGGGAUGUGGAAUUCGCUUGGAAAGUGAUACAAGAACUAACGGGGAAAAUCAUUAGCGGUCAAACAUAAAGGAUUUAGCUCCAGUUGUGUAUUCUAUGAAGCAUUGAUGGAUCAACUGGAAUUACUUUGAGAAUUAAAUGUUUGGGUUGAACAAUACGAGGUGUAUAGUUUUGGUGAGGCAACAGCAAUUUAUAAUGUAUUGUUGUUAUAUUCAAUAAAUGUCUGUAAUGGUUGUUAAGCAGAAUGAAAUUUUUGACUAGGAAAAUUAAAUAAGUUUAAUAAAUAAAUAUUACCAGGAACCUUGUACAUAGGUGCCUGAUAAGACAUAAUAAUACUAAAUAAGUCAUUGUCACAUUAAUAACCAAAGUUUAUGUCAAUAAAAACGAUUUACUCAUUGAUUAA